AAUUGAUCAAAAUUUCUUGUGAAAAAUAUUUUUUAUAAAAAUUUAUAAAUUUUUGUUAAAAUUAAAAAACCAUAAUUCACUUUUAUAAUGGCUGAAGAAGCUGAAGUAAAGGCAAGUGGAGAUACAGUUUCAAUCACUAAACCAGAUAUGGACGAGCCCAAACCUGUAAAAACUCCAGAUGUAGAACUUGUGAUUGACGGUUUUGGUUUCAUGCCUAAAGACUAUGAUACUUUAAUCAAAUCCAAAGGAUCUUCUAUACUUAAAAAGUUGUCUACAGUAGCAAAAGAAAGUAAACCCAGUAAGCCAGAACACAGCCCUUGCGCUUCGAGUUCAAACAUCGAUAUAGUCAGACGGUAUACCUGGAAGACAAAGAACAGAAUGACAGUUCAGGUGAUAACCUAUGGCGCUACAAUUACAUCAAUUCAAGUUCCUGACAAAAAAGGUGUCCCAGACGACGUCAUAGCCGGAUUUGAUACUUUAGAGGAAUACUUCCAACCAAGAAAUCCAUAUUUUGGUGCGACAAUAGGACGAUACGCAAACUUUAUUCGUGAUGGAAGUGUGAUAGUUAAGCCGUCUGGUAGAGUGUUUAUGCUUAGCACAAAUCGAGGUCACAACCAUUACAAUGGAGGCCAUAUUGGAUUUGACAAGGUUAAUUGGCGUUCGUACGUAACUGGAAAUACAGUAAUUAUGACCCACGUGUCCGAGCGAUUCCAUGAAGGUUAUCCAGGUACAUUGAUGGCACAGGUCAUGUUCGAAGUCACCUGCGACAAUACUCUCAAAAUCGAAAUGAAAUGUACCACGAGUGAUCCGACUAUUGUUAAUUUAAGUAGUGCUCCUUAUUUCAAUCUGGCUGGACAUCAUUGUGGUCCGGAAGUUAUGUACGAUCACAUCUUCACCGUGAACGCCGAUAAGUACACAGCUGUGGACGAUGAUGGAUUAGUUACAGGUCAGAAGAAUAUUGUUGGUGGGACAGCGUACGAUUUUAGAGUGCCAAGAGUGUUAAGGACAAUGAUACCAAAAAUACCGAUGGGAGGUUAUGAUAUUAAUUAUUGCAUCACGCAAGGAACGGAACAAGACUUAACUUUCCAUGCUCGGUGUCUUCAUCCGUUGACCGGGAGAGUUCUAGAGGUGUACAGCAACCAGCCUGGUAUGCAGUUCUACACGGGAAAUCUUCUACCAGAUCCAGAUAAAAUUGUUGAGGAACCCGCCGGUGAUGAAGAAGAAAAGACUGAGUCUGAUAGUGGGAGUGAGUCUAGCAGCGACGAAUCUAGUUUGAAAGACGAAGAGGCGAAUGAAGAAGAAAGCGAGGGCAAAAAAAGCUACGGUUAUGUACCAUUAAUGGGGAAAAAUGGGACAUGCUAUAGAAAACAUGGCCUAUUUUGUGUCAUGCCUCAAAAUUAUCCAGAUGCCGUUAACCAUAAAAACUUCCCAAACUCUGUGCUGAAUCCAGGCGAAGUAUAUGUUCACAAGAUACAAUACAAAUUUGGUAUUCUACUUGGGAAAUAUGUCUAA